AUGCAAAGGAUUACAGCUGACGAACUGAAAGACCCUGAAUAUCGUGGAAACAUCAUGGAUAAGAGUUACUCUUGUUCAGUUUUUCGUGAUUGUGCUGGUUGUCUUGGUAUGGCUCCAACAUGUCGCUGGUGUGUUCGUGGUGGUGGCCGAAUUCCAAGAUGUGAACAUGGACACGAGAAUGAUCGAACGUGUAGUGCAUGGUAUGCAUCCGGUCUUCAUGAAUGUCCUACAGGGAAAUAA